UGAGGAGGAGGGAGUAUAGUUAAAAUUGUGAGCUCUUUGGGAUAUCCUUAUUUAUGAGUGUAAUAAUAGAACAAUUGCAGCGUAAAAUUGAAUAUUGAGAGCAGGCGAUGAGCAUGAAGAAGCACCUUCAUCUCUUCCUCUUCACAAUAGUCUUCUUCUCCAUGGCAGUGGUGAAUGAAGUUGGAGGCUCCUUGCAAUAUCCAGUAGUUGUAAGCACGUGGCCUUUUUUAGAAGCAGUUAGAGCUGCGUGGAAGGCCGUUGAGGGUGGUUUGUCUGCAGUAGAUGCAGUCGUGGAAGGUUGUUCUGCUUGUGAGAAACUAAGAUGUGAUGGUACAGUUGGGCCUGGUGGAAGUCCAGAUGAGAAUGGAGAAACUACAAUUGAUGCCAUGGUCAUGGAUGGGGAAACAAUGGAGGUGGGCGCUGUUGCUGCUAUGAGGUAUGUGCCAGAGGGCAUUAAAGCUGCGAAGUUAGUGCUGGAGUAUACUAAACAUACAAUGCUUGUUGGGGAUCAAGCCUCAGCUUUUGCCAUUUCAAUGGGCCUUCCAGGGCCUAUAAACCUAAGCUCAGUUGAGUCAAUAGAGAAGUGGACAAAAUGGAAAGAAAAUUAUUGCCAACCUAAUUUUCGAAAAAAUGUUAUCCCUAGGGAUAAUUGUGGUCCAUACCAUCCAAAUGGUCCUUCAACAAGAAGAUGCCUGAUGGUGAAUGAUUUCAUGCCUAAUGAAUUUGGAUCAGUUAAUGUAGGUUUACAUAGCCAUGAUACAAUAUCCAUGGCUGUCAUUGACCAACUUGGACGGAUUGCUGUUGGUACAUCAACUAAUGGAGCCACAUUCAAGAUUCCAGGAAGGGUUGGUGAUGGACCUAUAGCAGGGUCUUCAGCAUAUGCAGAUGCUGAAGUUGGUGCUUGUGGAGCAACUGGGGAUGGUGAUAUUAUGAUGCGCUUCCUUCCAUGUUAUCAGGCUGUGGAGAGUAUGAGAUUAGGAAUGGAACCCAAACUUGCUGCAAAAGAUGCUAUAUCGCGAAUUGCAAGGAAGUAUCCAAACUUCAUUGGGGCUCUAUUUGCAGUCAACAAAAGUGGAAAUCAUGCAGGUGCAUGCCAUGGUUGGACUUUUCAGUACUCUGUCAGAAACCCUGGGAUGAAUGACGUUGAGGUCUUUACCGUUCACCCCCAGUGAUCCCUUUAGAAUACCGUUUCUAUUUUAGUUCUUGCUCUUCCAUGAAGCCGCCAUUUGUAUUCUCUUGUGGAUAUUGUAGAAGAGAUGAUAUUCUUCCAUGUUAUGGUUAUUUAAGGACUUACUAUCAAACCAUAAAAUGUCUAUUGGUACGAUAAAUUCAAAUCUGAAGUGCGUGUAAUGACAACCCAGUUAAGCUUCUAA